AAAACGGUGUCGUAGAGCGGCAAUACAAGCUCGAACUCUCCCCGUUACACUGUAGCCCCCGCCUCGCCUUGUCCGCCCCCACUCUCUCUCCGUAAGCAGCAACCCCGCAUCGUCUUCUCCGCCCGCCCCCCCUCUUUCUCUCCGUUUUAAUUCUCGCUCGUACUCAGUCUUCCUCCUCUCGCUCAUUCUCUCUCACAUCAGAUCGCAAAAUUGUAGCUUCCUUCUCCAAUGGCUUCACCUGUUCUCUACAGGGUUUCUCCCUCUAACACCACCACCAUCUCAUUCUCCUCCUCCCUCUCCACUCCUCUCCCAUGGCGAUCUCGGUCAAAGUCGACCGCAUUUGGGGCCAGACCUCGCCAGAAGGUCUCCACCGUCCAAGCCAAGAUCAGAGAAAUCUUCAUGCCCGCUCUCAGCUCCACCAUGACCGAGGGCAAGAUCGUGUCCUGGGUCAAAUCCGAGGGCGACGUCCUCUCCAAGGGCGAGAGCGUCGUCGUCGUCGAGUCUGAUAAGGCUGAUAUGGAUGUGGAGACCUUCUAUGACGGAAUUCUCGCCGCCAUCGUCGUCGGCGAGGGCGAGACUGCUCCCGUGGGCGCUCCGAUUGGCUUAUUGGCCGAGUCCGAAGACGAAAUUGCCGAAGCAAAAGCUAAGGCUUCGAAAUCUUCUACUUCGGAUCCGCCUGUUUCUUCCGCCUCUCCACCUGCUCCGGCGGCUUCGCCUUCGCCUUCGCCUCCGCCUCCUAAGGCUGCUGAGCCGAGGAAGGUUGUUGCGACGCCCUUUGCGAAGAAGCUGGCUAAACAGCACAAGGUUGAUAUUGGAUCGGUCGCUGGGACGGGGCCGUUUGGGCGGAUAACGCCGGCGGAUAUUGAGGCAAAGGCGGGCAUUUCGUCUUCGAAGAGUACUGGCACCAAUGUAGGUUCACCAGUUGCUUCUGAACCUGUGAAAGCGCCUCCAGCACCUCCGAAGUCAGCUGCUCCGUCUGUUGAAAUUCCUGGUUCUACGUCUGUUCCUUUUACCACAAUGCAAGCUGCGGUGUCGAAGAAUAUGUUGGAGAGCCUCUCCGUGCCGACGUUUCGCGUUGGGUAUCCAGUGACAACUGAUGCACUUGAUGCUUUAUACGAGAAGGUGAAACCGAAGGGUGUAACAAUGACUGCUUUGUUAGCAAAGGUUGCAGCAAUGGCACUUGCUGAGCAUCCUGUUGUGAAUGCGACCUGUAAAGAUGGGAAGAGCUUUACGUAUAACAGCAAUAUAAAUAUUGCGGUGGCUGUGGCAAUCAAUGGAGGGCUGAUAACCCCUGUGCUUCAAGAUGCAGAUAAGUUGGAUCUUUAUCUGUUAUCACAAAAAUGGAGAGCGUUGGUGGAGAAAGCCCGAGCAAAGCAACUUCAGCCCAAUGAUUAUAACUCAGGGACUUUCACUCUAUCCAAUUUAGGCAUGUUUGGGGUGGACAGGUUUGAUGCCAUUCUUCCGCCGGGUCAGGGGGCAAUUAUGGCUGUUGGAGCAUCAAAGCCCACCGUUGUUGCUGAUUCAGAUGGAUUCUUCAGUGUUAAAAGCAAAAUGCUGGUGAAUGUUACUGCUGAUCACCGAAUUAUCUAUGGUGCUGACUUGGCUGCAUUCCUUCAAACCUUUGCAAAGAUAGUUGAGAAUCCGGAGAGCCUGACUUUGUAAAUGAUGAACUGGGUUCCUGUUCAUAGAAACAUUCUGUUCUUUGGUGGACAACCAGGCUCCAGAGCUUGUUGAACAGAGUGCAUGGCCAUGGACCUGCCCUGGCCCUGGCGGCAGCAAGUUGAAGUCCAUUACAAUAUUUAUGCAUUUCUUACACUUCAUUCUCUUAGUUCUGGUAAGCAUUCCAUCUACUAUCAUAGCCACCAUUGAGCAGUUUUCUGGAAGAGGGAAUAAAGACACAGUUUUUUCUGGAAGUGGGUAAUGUUGAUUUUUUUGGGAGUUACUAAAGUUUUCUCUUCAAAAAUCUGAAAUUGCGUAGCCCCUGGAUCGGACUGGUUGUACAUUUCUACUGUUAAAUUGGGCGAGACAUGGAUUCUAUUAAUUGUUUCAAAAAUUUAAAUAGAUCUAAUUACAAAAUAAA